AUGAAGUCCCCAACGAUUCUCUCGUGUGCGCUACCAGUCUUGCUGGCUGCUUUAAUAGGUGGAAGCUACGCACAAACUGCGUCAAUUCCCGCCAGCUACCAAUAUCUCCUUCCACCACUAUUUCAUGGAAACCUAUCGGAAGAUUUCGUGUCUGGAACAGAGUCUGCUCAGUUGAGCCUUAAUUCGGCAUUAAAAGAAGCACAGCGGGCGGCAUUCAUUUCAUACGACAAGGAGUUCGAUGAGGUAAUCGGGCAAGAGCCUUCUGCCCAGAUAGUAUCGAGGGGAACGUACGGAUACGCCUAUGAAGCGGGCAUAUGGGUGCAUGAUCUCAACCAGGUAGGGGCGACUGGAGAGAUUCUAGGGGGAAGAAGUGUGGCUAAUCUACCACAGAUGUGGUUUACGUCGGCGAUCUCGUCUGGACCGACCUACCUCUCUGUUUUGGACCUGAAAACAAAUGAAGUGACACAGCCCAAUCUGGUUAAACCUCACGGCUCGGAAAGUUUUGUGCUCUCCAACCCCAAUGGCGGGUUUUACUACGACGGCUAUGUCUACAUCACCAUGUUGGGGGAUGCAACCCAUGUGGCGGGACUCGUCAAGAUCAACCCGAGGACUCUUGAGACUUCGACAGUUCUUAAUUCAUACUACGGCCUCGGCCUGCCUAGCGUCGAUGACGUUUCAAUCAUGCGGGAUAAAGAGACGAAACAAACUCAUAUUUUUUUCAGCACUCUCGAUUUGGUCCCCUUUGGGCCACCGAUAUCAGCCCACGCUAGCAACGUGACUAUCCAGCUGCCCAACGCAUUUUGGAGUUUUACCCCCGAUACCGAGACCCUGAGACCUGUUAUUCCUCGAUCCGACGUUCUGGGACCAAAUGGAGUUUCCAUCGAUGGGAAGAACUCGUAUCUGUACGUCACUGAUACGCCCGACCAUAUCCAUCCCACUGGCACUGGAUUUCCAGCCAUCUUUCGCUACACACUCUCCUCUGAGAAUGGGUUCAUUCCCUCCAAUAAACAGCUAUUCGGGUUCCCCCGCCAUGGGGUCGCUGACGGACUUAAAGUGGAUGCCAUGGGCCGGGUAUGGACUGGGGAAGCCGAAGGUGUGGUUGUGCGGAAUAUGGCGGGUAAAGUCAUUGGAAUAUUCAAUAAAGAAGUUUUUAUGGGCAGACAAACUCCAAUGACAGAAAUGGCCAACUUCGCGCUGGCUGGCGACAAGCUAAUUCUUUUGGCGCUGGAUGCAAUUAUUGUGGUGCAGCUGGCUGAGAGCAUUGGGGUGGCACAUGACUUGGUCCUGUGA